AUAUAUUAUGUGUGUUAUACUGAACAUAUUAUAUAUAAUAUGUAUUGUAGUGGGAAAGUAUUUAUAGAAUUAAUGAUUAUUGACUUUGGGGCAAAACUCUUCAGGCAACGCUCCCCUGGUGAUCAGGACAGUUUCUGUGCUCAUUGAAACGCUGGCUUUUACCCCAAAAAAACCCCUUUUCUGCCAGGCUUUAGGGACAACCCCCCUUCCCAACCUGGGGCUUUUCAGCCCCGCGAGGUUCGGUGGUUCUGGUUUGUCGCCGCCGGCGGGGCCGCGCUCUCGGGGCUUUUGGGGUGAUUCUCCUGGUUUUUUUUGGGGUGUGUUCGCCCAGAGGAAGUCGAGCAGGGCCAAGGAGAAGAAGCAGCGGCGGCUGGAGGAGCGCGCGGCCAUGGCCGCCGUCUGCGCCAAGGUCGAGGCCGCCAACAAACUCCAAGACCCCCUGGAAGCCUUCCCGGUGUUCAAGAAGUACGACCGGAACGGUCUGAACGUGUCCAUCGAGUGCCGACGCGUCUCCGGUCUGGAACCCGUUUCGGGGUCCCCCAGCACGCAGAUGAAGAAGGUGAUGCUGACGGUGUUCAAGCACAACCUGGGCGCGUUCCAGUUCUUCCGGGAGGCCCUGCAGUUCGAGGUGGACCCCACGUCCCCCAGCGUGUCCGGCUGCUGCGGGGACGACUCGUCCUACGAGAUCCUGAGCCGCAGCACCAGGUUCGGGGACCCCCACCCCGGGGGGGGCCCCUGCGGGGGCUGCUGCCACUGAGCCCCCAGACCCCGGCAUCUCACCCCAAAACACCCCCUGCCCACGGGGGAGUGGCCUGGCCUGCCGGGACCCCCCAGACGGGUGACAAACCCCCCCUCGACCCCCCUAAAUGUCUCUGGAGGGGAGGGGGGGGAGCACAGGUGAAGUUUGGGGCCGGAAGGGGCGUUUUGCCCCGUUUUUUUGGGUUUUCGUUCCUUUUUGUUUGUUUUUUCAGCGGGUUUGUUUUUACGUCACGAAUAAAGAACGAUGGACCUUUG